CUUUUGUAGUGAAUUUUGCCGUUCCUGAUUCAUUCGGCUCCUUUUUGGCUCUCAUCUGAGACAAAGUCUCACCCCCACCGGCCCGUCUCUUCCGGCGCUCUUCAGCUGACUGGAGGUGUGAUGUGGGCGUUCACGUUUAUGCAGCUGCCCACCGAAGGGCCCCUUCGCGUGCCAAGCCUACAGUAAGUAACCCAACAUCACAAACACAAACACAAACACAAGACAGGCACUCAUUGACCCUUCUUGACCGGUACGUGUGGCGCAUGUGUUGUGUGUUUGCAGGACUCACCUGAAGGCCAACAAUCCGUUUCUCCGUUUUUGGUUCCACGAGUACUACCUGCCCGAGGACCAGCGCAUGCCGCAAUUCGCGCGGCUGGUCAGGCUGCUCGUCCAUCUGUCCAUCUAUCUCGCCGUGCUCGCCAGCCUGGUUGGUGUGUGUGAGGCAUUCAUUACACAUAUAUCUGACUGAAUCGAUUAAUCGAAGAGGCGUGCGACAGACAUACCAUGGAUGCCACUGCAUGUCAUGUUUGUCCUUUUGUGUGAUGCAUGUAUUCAUCACUCUCAUUGCCUUGCAGGUUCGUCAGUACGACUUGAACUUCUCCAAUCGGUGUGAGCGCCGGGAGGCCUGCAAGUACCGCUGCAUCCUCGACCACUUCCCCACACUCACUUGCGGGCAGCUUUCUCUCUCAUCGCCGCUCACAUACGGUCUGCAGGAAGAGAAGAAGAAGAAGAAGAAGAAGACAACCACUCACUCCCGCAUAUGUCUGUCUGUAUGUGUGUGUGUGGCACCGCCCCUCCAUCAGGUGGAAACAAGUACACGAAGCUGUUCGAGUACCCCUACCCCCUUCAGGGCCCAAAGGCAGGGGUACGCGGAGUGGUGAGUGAGUUGAUACACUUGUGCAUCCGACCGACCGGGAGAAGGGGUUCAAGUGAGUGGGUGACUAUUGAGUGUCUCUGUCUCUCUACAGCACACCAGGGCAGAAGUGGACGGCGACGACUGGCUCGAGUGCGCCGAGUGGGUCGACGACAACGAGGAGGGCGUGGCGGCCGACAAAGUCUUCGACGGACGCCUGCCAAGGGUACAAGGUUGCUUCCCAGGUAGGUAUGUCACUCACACCACACACAUGUCCACCAAGGAUGCAUCGAUCCAGGUUGCAUUCCGCCUGAGCGUCUGCCGUCCGACCCCCCCUACAGCAUUGCGCUGCCCGAUGGCCGGUCAAUCAGCUACGAGGACGACACACAAUUCGGAUCGCCUGACCCACGGCCAGACGUAAGACGGGAUUCUCUCUGUACAGGCUGAUGAUGGAUGGACCGAUGCAAUAACGACAUGUGUCUGUGGGGUCGGGGCUGCAGUGUCAGGGGGGUACGGAGGAGUAUUCCCUGUGGUGUGUGGACCCUGGAGACGAGUGCGAGAAGACGCAGUUUCGGGAUGAGUUCUGCUUCGACUUGCCUGGUGGGUGCGAAACACAAACAGACAUCGACAGAGACACAAGAGAAGACGCAAGCGCCUCUUUCUUCUUUUCACCAACAGCCGGCGAGACGUGCUUCAGCCCCAGUGCAGUCAUUCUCGCACAAUUUAUCAGGUCGACGAUAUAUGAUGCAGAUCGGCCCGGUGGAUGGAUCGAUCGCGUUGUGUCCGUUGUCUAUCUAUCUGUGUUUUGGAUUGAUUCAGCAUCCCAAUCAACUUUCUCCUGAAUAUGCUGAUGAUUUUGGCUGUGAGCAUCAAGAUGGAGAAGUACCUGGACACAGAUGAGCAUGACAAACAGGAGGGGGGCGGGGGGGACAAGCCUGUCGAGGCGGACAAGGAGGAGGGCCGUCGACGAGACGGGGAGCCCAACAUCGACUGCAUGCGGUCAUCCCAGAAGUGCGGCCUUCAGUGGCUGGUCGUCUUCGUCUCGGGCGGGGCACUUUUCACCAUGGUCGUGCAAAUGAUGUGGUGAGUGACUGGAUAGACGCACACGCCCACAUGCGUUUAGUGUGCACAGGCAUGUGGCAUCCAUCCAUCCAUCAGGGUGUAUUGGAUCGGUCGUCCAGGGAUGAUCUGGUUCAACUUCAUCAUGGUGGUCUUGUUCGACCUCGUCCGCAACCUCUUGUUCCAGAUAGCCGCGUGGUACGUGCUGCUGCGGCGGUGCGGCAAGGUGCAGGUCAUCGACGACGACACAUACCUCGAGGACGAAGAGGAGGAGACAGAGAGCUUUGUGAAGGUCUUCGUCGCCAUCGUGAAAAACAUCAUCGAGUCCAAGGCAUUCGAUCUCACUGUAUACGCGCUUGUGGGGCUGUUUGCUCUCCUGCUUAUGGUCACAUUCGCCUUUGAAGAGGAGAUCGAAGGCAACAAAGUGGUAGGCAGGGAGGGAGGGAGGGAGAGAGAGGAAAGGGCGAAUUCUCUCUUUCUUUCAAAUGUGUCUCUUGGUCUGUUUGUGGUGCGCACACUUGGUCUGUUAGGUAAAGGACGUGUUCUACUACACCGAUUUGACGCUGCUGAUUUGCUUCGUGAUCGAGAUAUGUCUCCGUCUGAUCGGUCAUGGCCUUUGGUACCUGCAAGACCCCUGGAACCUCUUCGACGCUGCGGUUGUCAUCACCUCAUUCGCACUCCUAUUCGUCGACAUCGAAGGCAAAGGCAAACAGGUCAAGUAGACACCCAAUGGCAGCCACCCACGCCCACGCCCAUACAUACAGCUGUGGGUUGCUGCAUUCCAUUUGCAGGGCAUCCUUGUCCUCCGUCUGAUGCGGCUGAUGCGUCUUGUGCUGGUGCUGCGUCGGGCGUCGCGCGACAAGCAGCGGCCGAAGCCUCCCGGUGUGGGCAUCCAGUUCACAUCGCCGGUUGAGCGGGUGCUGGACAUAUUCAAAGAGAUCCUCGAGGCAAAGGGUGGGUGAGUCAGUCACCCGAAGGGACGGACGGACACCUACAGUCCUUCCAUGGACGCAUGGAGGGAUGGAUGGAUGGAUGUGCACAGGAUUGACCAACAAGGACAAGGACAAUGUCGAGUGGACAAUGGACGUGAUAUCGUCCAACAAGCUCUACUCCAUAAGUGUCGAGACCGACAAGACCAAGGCGGGAUCGCAGAUGGACCUCGAGGUCCAAGCGUGGAUCAAAAUCGCAUCCGACUCGGUCAGUCUGCCACCCAUCCGACAACAUGGCCGCCCGUGUCUCACCAUCCACUUUUGUGUGCUCUUGUCUUAUGUAUCUGAUAUCAGAUCGGUGAGUCGAAUUGGAAGGACAACGACCUGGAGAAUCUGCUGCUCAGCAACGCCAAGAGAAAAGCACGGGUGGGUGAAUAGGGAGAAUAUACUGCUGUGUCACUCGGAUGGAUGGGUGUCGUGUUGGUCAUCCAUCCAUCCAUCCACCAGGCCGAUGAGGGUCGGGUGGAGACAAUGGAGGUGUCGACACUUGAGUUCUUCCAGCUCCCGGACGUGCCGCCGACUGCCCACCAUCCAGCGAGCGCAGCACCCGGGCCAGCGCCAUCCAUCGGCCCUGAACUCCAAGACGUGAGACAGAAGGCGCCAUCGACACAUGGAUACACAUUCCUGACUGACUUGUGUAUGAUCUCUCAGCGUGUGUUGGACUACCUGAAUGCCCACCUCAUGAAGUGGGACUUCGACGUGUUCCAGGUGGUCGAGGUCAGUCUCAGCACGCCUGUCUGUCUCGCCGCCAGCAGCCAUCCCAUCUGUGUGUCGUUCAUGCCUCUCUUGUCUGUCAGAUGAUAGGUGACUUGACGCUGCCGCUGCUGCUGGUGCAGAUCUUCAAGUUGCAGGACUGGAACUCCACUUUCGACAUCAACCUUGGCGCACUCAAAAGAUACUUCAUUACCAUCGAACGAGUGGGUCGCAAACAAGAUGACACACCACACCAGACACAACCAACACACACAUCAAAUCUUCACAUGUGUGUUAAUGCAGGGUUACGUCAAGACGAAUCCCUACCACAGCUCGGCCCACGUGGCCGACGUGGCGCAAGCGACCCACCUGCUGCUGUCGUGGGCGAGCAACAGACACCCCCAGGCCCUGACGGCGCAGGAAGUCAUGUCGGGUGUGUUUGCCGCGGCCAUCCACGACUACCAGCAUCCGGGCUUCAACAACCAGUUCCUCAUUGCCGUCGAACACCCCGUCGCACUCAGGUGGAUAAACUGGAUGCGAAUUGGUGUGAUUAAUCCGCCAGGGAGGCUGUUUGCCUGCUGUGUAGGUAUAAUGAUCGCAAUGUGUUGGAGAAUCAUCACGUGGCGGCGGCCUUUAACGCCAUGCUCGACGGCACACAAGAGGACCCAUUCAAAGUACGUCGGGCACACACAUACACAGCCACGGAGCGGAAUACAUGCCGACCUGCUGCCCAUUCCCCACUCAGCAUCUGAGCGAGGACCAGUUUACGUCUCUCCGUCGGAUGGUCAUUAAGAUGGUUCUCGCCACAGACAACCAAAACCACUCAGCGCAGCUGUCCCUCCUCAAGACCAAAAUGACGCGCAAGGACUUCCCGUCCACCAAAGGGGACGACAAACAGGUAAGGACAAGAAUGAGGGAGCACCUUAUAAGUCGGUCGUGUCUCUCUGAAUGUUGCUUGGGUGUGAUUGCAGUUGUUGCUGAACAUCAUCCUGCAUGCUGCUGACAUCAGCAAUCCCACCAGACCGCUCGAGUGCUACCUCAAAUGGGUCCCACGCGUCAUGGAGGAAUUCUUCAGGUCACCCCCACCCCCACCCUCACGCACAGAGAGAGACAGGGCUUUCUGUGUGUGUGUGUGUGUGUGUGGGCGUGGGUGUGUGCAGGCAGGGAGAUUUGGAGAAGCAGAAGCAUUUGCCUGUGAGCCCCUUCUUCGACCGAGACACCACUGCCGUGUCCAAGUGCCAGCUGGGCUUCAUCGACGUCCUCGUACACCCGCUCUACCUCGUCAGUCGGCCAGCACGCAGACAGGCAUACAUAUUCGAUACGCUUUAGCUUCAUGUGUUGCGUGCGCACUGUACUGGCGACAGGCCCUCGGGCAGUGUGUGCCAGAGGUCAACACAGAGUGCCUCCCACAGAUCACCAGAAACAGGUCCACGUGCCUGGGUGGCGGGUGGCAUCAGCACAGGCAUCGUUCGUUUGUAUGCUGUCUGUCUGUCUCCAGGGCACAUUAUGAGGGUCGGCGGACCGUCACCCGCCGCAUGAGCAACGACAAGGGCGCGACAGAGGGCAGGCGCAACUCCCCCUUCUCCCCGUUCACCUCCCCAUUCACCGAGGCCGCCAAGCUCUUCACCCCAACCACCGCCGGGCUGCGCAAGAGAAUGACUAGCAUAUUCGGCUUCAGGAGGACAUCAGCGACCACCGAGGGCACGGAAGACAAAAGCCCCAAAGACACGAGCCCCAAGGAAGCGGCACCGUGACUGCCCGGAAGGGCGCUAUGGCGUUGCGGCUUCAAUUGUGGGGUGAGAGGGAUUCUACCUAGCUGCGCCCACUGUGGUGGGGCGGGGGUUGUUUGAUGUUCUGUGAGGGAGUUCGUUGCUGCUCUGAUGGGGCCGUCCCUCUCUUGACUCACUUAGGUCGUGUAGCCCUCCACUUAUGGGCGUAGACAGAGAGGCCUCUUGCUCAUCAUGUCACCAUUUUCGUGUGUGUGUUUGUGUGUAUGUGCGCCUGUGGACGCACAAACUGCCG